AUGCCUCCUCGAAUCCGCCUGCGCACCCUUGCGCAACUCGCGGAGCUCUCAAUCGAAUCUGCUCCCACAUACACCUGCGGCCGGUGCUCGCGACUGUACGCGACUGCAGCAGCAGCGACGACGCCGGCCCCGUCAGAUGCGCAGAUGCGGGCCUCGAUACCCACGCUCGCCCGUUACCCGCCCGUGCAGCCGCCCUCGCACCGCAACCCGGCCUACCGCAAAUCCCAACUGCUGCGGUCCUACGUCUCGCUCCUCCAGACGACGCCCCUGAUCAUCUUCUUCCAGCACAACAACCUCAAGGCCACCGAGUGGGUGAGCAUCCGGCGCGAGCUGGCCGUGGCCCUUCGCAAGCUCGACGCCCAGCUGGCUGCGCAGGGCAAGCCGCCGCACGAGCGCAUCGGCGAGUACAUCAAGCUGCAGGCAGCGUACGAGGCCGCACAGCAGCACAAGAACGAACAUCCCCUGACGCCGGGGCUGGCGGGCUCCGUGGCUAUCCUGACCUUCCCCGCCGUGUCGCCGACGUACCUGAAGACGGCGUUCUCGAUCCUGUCGCCACAACCGCCCCUCUUCCCGGCCCCGACGCGGAGAGCCGUGCCCCAAUACUACGAGCCGGCGGUGCAGGACGGGCUGAAGAAGCUCCUGCUGCUCGGCGCCCGGGUGGACGGCCAGCUCUUCGACAUGGAGGGCACGAGAUGGGUCGGCAGCAUCGACGGCGGCAUCGACGGGCUGCGCGCCCAGCUGGUGGCCAUGCUGCAGGGCUUUGGGGCCGCCAUGGUGCACACGCUGGAGAGUGGCUCCCGGAGUCUCUGGUUCACCAUGGAGGGUCGGAGGCGGAUGUUGGAGGAGGAGGAAGAGAAGCCACAGGGGAACGGGGAGGAGGAGGAGAAGAAGGGUUGA